AUGGCCGAGUUGGAGAAGAAGUCCCCGGCCGACGUCGACGAUCCUAAGGCCAUCGAGACGGCGGUGAACGAGAACCAGAAGAAGUUGGAGGCGCUCUCGCUAUUGGCGCCGGAGGACGGCGGCGUCGGCGGCGGCGGACCGCCUCUGCUGGAUGACUACGACGACGACUCCCAAAUCCAAGCCGUGGCGUCCAGCGGCACGGUGUACGAAUCCGCGACGACCUUCGAGGACCUGAAGCUCACGCCGGAGCUGCUCAAGGGUCUGCACGACGAGAUGGGGUUCAGCCGCCCCAGCAAGAUCCAGGCCGUCACGCUUCCCAUGAUCCUCACGCCGCCCUAUCAGAACCUCGUCGCGCAGGCGCACAACGGCUCCGGCAAGACCACCUGCUUCGUGCUCGGCAUGCUCAGCCGCGUCGACCCCAGCCGCAGGAUUCCCCAGGCCAUCUGCAUCUGCCCUACCAGGGAGCUUGCGCAGCAGAAUAAAUCCGUGCUCAUGAGGAUGGGCAAGUUUACCGGCAUUACCUGUGCCUCUGCCAUCUCGCCGGCUCUCAAGGAUUACAUGCCCAUCUCCAAGAUGGCACCGGUCACUGAUCAGGUGGUGAUUGGCACUUCUGGGACUCUCAUUAAGUGGAUUACCAAUAAGAAGCUUGCCACAAGGGACAUCAAGAUUCUUGUGUUCGACGAGGCAGACCAUAUGCUUGCUGAGGAGAACUUUAUGAGUGAUUCUAAAAGGAUCAUGAGGGAUAUACAGAGCAGUGCCGGUGACUGCCAGCUGCUUCUGUUUUCUGCAACCUUCAACGAGAAAGUGAAGGAUUUUAUUACAAAGGUCAUUAAGGAGGGAAACCAGAUAUUUGUGAAGAAGGAAGAUCUUACUUUGGACAAAGUAAAGCAAUAUAAAGUCCGAGUCCCCGAUGAGAUAGCCAAAAUAGAGGUCAUAAGGGACAAGAUCUUUGAGUUUGGUCAAAAGGUUGGACAGGUUAUCAUAUUUGUGAGAACAAAGAUAAGUACUAUGCAUCUUCAUAAUGCUUUGACAAAAGAGGACUAUGUGUGUUCCUCAAUUCAAGGAUCCCUCGACCACUCAGAGAGGGAAAAGGUAAUACAGGAAUUCAAAGAUGGGUACACCAAGGUUCUUAUAUCAACUGAUCUUCUUGCCCGGGGUUUUGACCAAUCACAGGUCAAUCUGGUCAUCAACUACGACAUGCCAAUCAAAUAUAAUUCUAGAGAUGAGCCUGAUUAUGAGGUGUACCUGCACAGAAUUGGCAGAGCUGGGCGCUUUGGCCGAAAAGGAGCUGUGUUCAACCUGCUAUGCGGUGAAACUGAUGACAUUUUGAUGACAAAGAUCGAGAACUACUUCCAACACAAAGUACAGGAGGUCCCCAGCUGGGAGAGCGAGGAGAAUUUUGAGACUGUUCUUAAGGAUGCUGGUUUACUUGAGUAA